AUUUUGAUUCUGACGUCAACAAACCACUUGUCGUCCUGCCCACCUGUCGCCCAGGACCUCACCUUCAGUCACGUCGCUAUGCGAGCUCUGCUCUCUCGCAUCCCGAUCUCCACCUCUGCCUUCUUCUCUUCUUCCCAAACCCUAGCCCCGAGCCCUAGCCUCGCCCCACUCCGCCUCGGCCGCCGCUUCGUCGCCAUGGCCGCCGCCGCCGCGGGGGAGUUCGUGAAGGGCCGCGUCUUCCCCAACGGCGUUGCCGUCAUCACCCUCGACCGCCCCAAGGCCCUCAACGCCAUGAACCUCGAAAUGGACCUUAGGUACAAGGCAUUUCUUGAUGACUGGGAAACAAAUCCAAAUGUGAAGUGCAUUCUUGUGGAAAGCAGUUCUCCCCGCGCCUUCUCAGCUGGGAUGGAUAUUAAGGGUGUUGCAGCGGAAAUUCAAAAGGACAAGAGCACAACACUUGUGCAAAAGGUCUUCACAGCCGAGUACUCUUUGAUUUGCAAGAUACAUGAGUAUGCAAAACCUUAUAUAUGCUUGAUGGAUGGUGUGACCAUGGGGUUUGGAAUUGGAUUGUCUGGACAUGGUCGCUACCGUGUUAUUACCGAGAGAACACUCCUGGCCAUGCCGGAAAAUGGCAUUGGCUUGUUCCCAGAUGUUGGCUUUGCUUACAUCGGUGCAAAAGCACCAGGAGGGGGUGCAGUCGGAGCUUACCUCGGGAUGACAGGAAAAAGAAUAUCUUCACCUGCUGAUGCUCUGUUCAUAGGUCUCGGAACCCAUUAUGUACCUUCAGGGGACUUGGGUUCACUCAAGGAAUCCCUCCUGAGUGCUAACUUCACUGCUGAUCCUCACAAAGAUGUUGAGUCACUCCUGACUGGGUACAAGAAGGAACCUGAGUCGGUGCCCCAUUUAGAAAAGCUUUUACCGGAUAUCAUUUCUUCUUUUGGUCCUGGUAAAUCAGCUACUGAAUCUGUGGAAGAGCUAAAGAAGCGUAGUCAAAGCGGUGAUGGCACAGUGUCAGAAUGGGCCAAUGAUGCUUUAGCAGGACUUAAGAAAGGUGCUCCGUUUUCUCUUUGUUUAACACAGAAGCAUUUCUCUCGAGUUGCAUCGUCGUAUGGGAACAAUGAAAAUGAUCUAUCUAAGUUGGCUGGUGUUAUGAAAUUGGAAUACCGCAUCGCGUUGAGAUCGUCGGUUCGAAGUGAUUUUGCUGAAGGCGUACGCGCUGUCUUAGUUGACAAGGACCAGAAUCCGAAAUGGAAUCCAGCAACUCUGGAAGACGUAAACAUGGAUGAGGUGGAAUCAGUUUUCGAACCAUUAGCUGCCGAUGCUGAGUUGAAUGUGUGAUUUUCUGUAGCAGCCCAGAAUGCUAUGAUCACUUGAACACUCUUUAUCCUUCCAAUGAUGUAAUACGAAAUUACAAAUAUACAUAUGGCUAUCCAUUGAGCCAAUAAACGCCUGGAGUGCAUUGUCUGAAAA